AUGUUAUUUAAAGGUAACAGUAGUCGAUUAGAGUUCUUAAUUGGAAAAAUUCAAAAUCAUCAUUUUCCACCUACAUUCAUGAAAAAAGAUACAUUGGGAACAGAAUCUGGUGGAGGUAGUUGGCAAUCUGAUAAUGGUGAAGAGCCACGUACCCCACCCACACCAGCUUCAUCAUGUCCAACACCAAAUUCAAGCAGUGAUUUACCUGAAUCUGAAUUGGUGUUUACUGUGGGUGUCACGGAAUCGACACCAUAUCCAUGUCAAUUUUGUACGAAAGCAUUUCCACGUUUGAGCUACUUAAAAAAACAUGAACAGACGCACAAUGACAAGAUGCCAUUCAAAUGUGAAUUUUGUUCACGAUUAUUUAAAUAUAAACGGUCACGUGAUCGGCAUAUCAAAUUACAUACCGGUGAUAAAAAAUAUCGUUGUACACAUUGUGAAGCUGCAUUUUCCAGAAGUGACCACUUAAAAAUUCAUUUACGCACCCACGAUAAUGGUAAGCCAUUUCAAUGCGUUACAUGUAAUCGAGGGUACAAUACUGCUGCAGCUCUGACGUCACACAUGCAAAAUCAUAAAAAACAACAACGUCAGCAGCAACAACAGGUGGGAAUGGGAAUGGUAGUCACAACGACCCCAACCCUUACAUCGACAACUUCUUCGUGUAUAGAUUUGACACGACAAUCGGAAAUAUCGACCACAAUCACGGUGACGUCACCGCAAUCACCUUUACGAAUUUCUACAGCACCAAUUAGAACUUCAUCUCUGUCGAUGGCAACACCUACACCUGAAGCGUCCAGUCCAUCAAAGUUAUCGGAGAAUAAUUGUUGCUCACAUUGUGGGGAGCUUUUUGAAUCGACGUCACUCUUACAAAAACAUAUUGCAUCAUACCAUCAACAAGAUUUACAAGCAAAAGAAAAAUCACCAACCCCCUUAAUAAUAACGAAACAAGAAACACCUCCGAGUGUUACCUUAGUUUGUAUUUAUUGCUCAGAAGAUUUUCAAACGAUGGACGAAUUAAAAGUUCACGUUGAUGUGAAACAUUACAUCAAUGGGAUAACUUCUUCAUCCUCCCGAGUUCAAACACCUGUUCCAAUUCCCGCCCCGCUAUCCUCAUCCUCAUCGAAUAUCCAACAUAAUUCACCACCACUAUUAAACUAUCAUUUACAUUCCCCAAUUAUCGAUAGUCCAAAAUUGGUAUGUCACAUUUGUACCCUCCAAUUCUCAAAUCCACAAAUGUUCCAACAUCAUUUAUUGACAGUGCAUCGUAACAUGUAUCAGAAUGUUUGCCCAUAUUGUACUCAACAAUUUGAGACACGUGAUCAAAUGACGGAACAUUUUUUCCAAGUCCAUCAAUCGGAACAAAUUAAACCAACGGAUUUGAGUAAGAAGACAUCGCUGAAUGAACCGCAUGACACGUAUGGAGCGAAACGGUUUAAGAAAGCACAAUUAGAAUCCACGAAUAUUUAUACAAAUAAUAUCGAUACAAUAUCCACGCCAUUAUCGCGGACAUCCAGCUCAUCUACCCCGAAUCCAUUAGACAUGCCAAACACUUUACUGUGCAGUCAAUGUGAUGCAGCUUUACCAGACUUCGAAUCAUUUCGUAUUCACUUAAAAAUCCAUUUAGAACAUAGCGGUAGUGGAGAUGGAAUUCGUUCGAUGUUCGAGCAUUCACAAAAAUUUCCACAAAAUAAUUUAUUAAAUGAUAUUCUAAAAACGUCUUACAUGCUGUCGUGUCCACAUUGUACGCAAAUUUUUAAGGAUCAUCAUACUUUGGAAAAACAUAUUUGUACACAUUUUCUGGCAUCCGUUACUGAGUACAAUUGCAAAACAUGUGCGAAAACUUUUACCAAUGCAGAUGAUCUACAAAAGCAUUUACUGGAUACACAUGCGCAGCAUGUGUUUCGAUGUUCGUUGUGUAAGGAAUUAUUCGAGUCACGAGUUGCGAUUCAAGUACAUUUUGCGGUUAAACAUAGUGGUGAAAAUCAAUUAUUUCGUUGUGUUAUGUGUCCAAAUGAUGUACGAUCUGUGUUUCGUACAGAAAAAUCCGGUAAAAUCCAUAUACGCACAAAUCAUAGCGCAAAUUUACUACCAUCAAUUCAUCAAGUGUCCCCAUCUGUGCCAGCCAAUACACCAAAACAGUAUCAGUAUCGUUGUCAUUUCUGUUUGAACAAAUACGAAUCAGAAAUUGAAUUUCAAUUACAUUUAACGAUGCAUUUUCAACCAUACAAGUGUCCAAUUUGUUCCAAGAUAUUCCAAGUGGAAUAUUUGUUGGAACGACAUAUGCAAGACUAUCAUCAAUCUACGAAUCAAGUUUCUUCGAAUGGUGGCUCAACACAAAUUGAAGAAACAUACGAUCAAAAAUCAAGCUCAACAUCAACUCAUUUCAAUUCAUCGAAAUCGAAAUCAACGUUAUCACAUGAAAACACAAAAGAUCCACAAUCACUGAAUUGUAUCAAACUAGAAACACCCGAUUACAAAGUCAACAUAUGCGAUUUAUGUGAUCGAAAUGAUUUUGCAAAUGAAACGGAAUUAAUUGCACAUCGUAAGUUAGUCCAUCAUAUGAAAUCCACUUCGAAAAAUGGUGUGGUUAGCUUACAUUGCGCAUACUGUAACGAAAAUUGUAAGUCACGGACUGAGUUAGAAAGUCACAUGAAGAAUCAUUCGCAAAGUAGUGGCGUUUCUGGUAAACAUAAGUGUAAUAUAUGUGAUGAACUUUGUCCAUCCGCUGCUCUUUUAGCCGAGCACAAAUUAACUCAUUGCAAAGUGGUGUCCGGGAACUGUUGCACUCAAUGUAAAGCGACAUUAUCGACCGAUGAUCAGUAUUAUACACAUUUAAUUCAACAUUCAACCGCCGCGGGAAAUUCAAAUAACAAUAAUAAUAGUGGACAAAUAGCGUUACCGUAUCCGUGUGUGAUUUGUCGACAAACAUUGAUCUCAAAUAUUGAAGUCCGAAUGCAUGCGCAGUUUCACAUACGCAAUAUUCUAUCGACAUCGUCCACAAACGAAUUCCAAUGCAUUCUAUGCUUAAAAUCGUUAGAUAAAUCGAAGUUGAUAUCCGGUGGAGGGGCCAUUUGUAAGGAUUGUUUUAUUCAACAUAGUUACAACCUCGAAAAAACCUUACAUCAACAAUCGACCAUGGAAGAAAAACAAAAAUUCUCAUGUAUUCGAUGCCAGUUAAAUUUCGAUACAGAACUAGAAAUUCAAAAUCAUAUAACAACACAUCUAAAUGAAUCAACAUCGAAUUCACAAUUCCAACACGAGUGCCAUUUAUGCCGGAGCAAGUUUUCGAACUCGUAUAAGUUACAAAUACAUUUAAUCGAACAUACAUUCGCCGGUUUUGGUAGUUUCACUUGCUAUUUAUGUUCAGCGGUGUUUACGGGCGCACAAGGAUUACAUUCGCACAUGUUAGAACAUGGUUUAACGAAUCGUCCGUACGAUUGUCAGAAAUGUUCGUCUCGAUUCUUUUUCCGUGCCGAAUUGGAUAAUCAUAGUUAUUCGCUACAUCAAUCUUCGGCUGAUAGCAGUAACAGUAACAGUGUGGCUACGAAUGUUGAUACUUAUAGGCAACAUUAUCAGUGUACAGAUUGUCAUUUGGAUUUUCAUCAGUUGGAACAUUUUAUGAAUCAUACUAAAUCGGUGCAUGGUAACGAUUUAACGGAGAAGAAUAAUAAGAAUGCACCGUGUUCGGUAUCUUCAGAUAAUGAAUAUAUUGAAGUUGGAGGUUCACCAAAUUCUACAAAUCGUGCUUUAGUUGAAUCGACAACUGUUGCUAAUAGUUAA